UCACAGAGUAAACAGGGCGUAGUAACACUGUUCCCACCGGGCCCAGCUCACGGGUUUGGUCCUGGAACGCCACGGUACCCGUUGCUGGUGCAGCGCGUCUCGGGCCCCGCGUGGGCUAGUGUUUACACGCGGGCCCCCUGGCUCACGCACGUGGCGUAGUGUGACGCCACACGCUGUCCCGGAAGUCGGCGCGGACCUGGGCGGCGGGUGGAAGCCGGUGCAAGAGUGGGAAUCGCAGCGCAGCCACCGCCGCCGCCUGGGCCAGGGUCGCUCGCCCGCCCGCCCGCCGGUCCGCCGGUUCGCGAUGGGCACCGGGCCCUGAGCGCCCUCCCGCCGCAUCUCCGCAGCGAACCUGUUGGCCGCGAUGGAGGCGCCUCCCGCCGACCGCGUUCCCGCCGAAGGCACCCCGCCGGCGGCCGUGGCGGAGGUGCGCUGCCCGGGUCCCGGUCCGCUACGCCUGCUCGAGUGGAGGGUGGCGGCGGGCGAGACCGUGCGCAUCGGCUCGGUGUUGGCUGUGUUCGAGGCCGCCGCCGCCUCCGCGCAGCCCUCGGGGCUCCCCCCUGCCCGCGCCGGCUCCGGGGGCUGCGUGCGCGCCGAGCGCAGGCUGAGGUCGGAGCGCGCCGGCGUGGUGCGGGAGCUGUGCGCACAGCCGGGCCAGGUGGUGGCUCCCGGAGCGGUUCUGGUGCGAGUCGAAGGAUGCAGCCACCCGGUGGUCAUGAAGGGUUUGUGUGCCGAGUGUGGCCAAGACCUGACCCAGCUGCAGAGCAAGAACGGGAGGCAGCAGAUGCCACUGUCCACAGCCACCGUGUCGAUGGUGCACAGUGUCCCGGAGCUGAUGGUGAGCUCUGAGCAAGCGGAGCAGUUAGGGAGGGAAGACCAGCAACGGCUGCAUCGGAACAGGAAGCUGGUGCUCAUGGUCGACUUGGACCAGACCCUGAUCCACACCACGGAGCAGCAGUGCCAGCAGAUGUCAAACAAAGGCAUCCUGCACUUCCAGCUGGGCCGGGGCGAGCCGAUGCUGCACACCCGCCUGCGUCCGCACUGCAGGGAGUUCCUGGAGAAGGUCGCCAGGCUGUACGAGCUGCACGUCUUCACCUUCGGCAGCCGGCUGUAUGCACACACGAUUGCAGGCUUUUUAGACCCUGAGAAGAAGCUUUUUUCUCACCGAAUAUUAUCGAGGGACGAGUGUAUUGACCCGUUUUCUAAAACAGGGAACCUCAGAAAUCUCUUUCCUUGUGGAGACUCGAUGGUUUGCAUUAUCGAUGACCGAGAAGAUGUCUGGAAGUUCGCCCCCAAUCUGAUCACCGUAAAGAAAUACGUCUACUUCCAGGGCACAGGGGACAUCAAUGCUCCCCCAGGGUCCCGGGAGCCUCCGGCGAGAAAGAAAGUGAAUUAUCCUCCCAAAGGUGCUGACAUCGCAGAUCAAGCUCCGUCCAUUAAGGACCCUGAGGAGGGAAGGCCGGUUUCUGCAGUCGAGCAGAGUAACGGCCUUGGGAAGCCCAUGAGGGAACUCAACGGGGACUGGGCCUCACCUGCUGCCCGAGCCCCUUUGGUGGACGGUAGGAGGCCCCCAGUGUGUGUUCAGCAGCAGGGUCGGACCUCAGUGGAGAAGCAGCCCGCACAGGGCACAGCAGGCAGUGACCUGGACUUUGACUUAUCCAGUGACAGUGAGAGCAGCAGUGAGUCGGAGGGUCAGUCCUCCACCACCUCUGAUGGCGAAAGUGGGGAGAAGAAGAGCCAGAAGAAGCCUAAGGCUGCGCAGGACACCAGGAGAGCCAUGCAGCGGGGCGGGGCCCCCGGCCCGGGCGGGGAGAGGCCCACACGGCCAAAUCACUGUGGAGAGCCUGUGCCUGGAGUCCAGCCUGACCUGCAGGAGGAGGGCGAGCGAGACGGCUUCUGUGGGCUGGCGGGUGGCUCUGCUGACAAGAAGGAGGCUGAGACGGAGUCCCAGAACAGUGAGCAGUCAGGCAUCACAGUGGGCGAGUCCCUGGACCAGAGCGUGGAGGAGGAGGAGAACGAGGAGGAGGAGGAUGAUGAUGGUGAUGACCACCUGGUCCACCUGGAGGAGAUCCUCGCCCGCGUGCACUCCGACUACUACGCCAGGUAUGACCGCUACUUGCGCGGUGAGACCCAGGAGGCACCCGACAUACGGAAGAUCGUCCCUGAGCUCAAGAGCCGAGUACUGGCGGACGUGGCCAUAAUCUUCAGUGGGCUCUACCCCACCAACUUCCCGGUGGAAAAGACACGGGAGCAUUACCAUGCCACGGCCCUCGGAGCCAAGAUCCUCACCCAGCUGGUGUUAGACCCUGACGCCCCUGACAGGGCCACCCACCUGAUUGCUGCAAAGGCAGGCACAGAGAAGGUGCGGCAGGCCCAGGCAUGCGGACAGUUGCACGUGGUGAACCCCGACUGGCUGUGGAGCUGCCUAGAGCGGUGGGACAAGGUGGAGGAGCAGCUCUUCCCGCUGAGCGAGGACUACGGCAAAGUGCAGAGGGAGGACAGUCCCGCAGCCUUUCCCGACAGGCAGGGUGCGCUGCCAGCUGCCUUGUUCCAUCCGACACCUGUGCACGCCAAGGCCCAGCCCGGCCCUGACGUCCGGAUCUACGACGCCAGCACGGGCAAGCUCAUCCGGAAGGGCACUGCCAGCCCCGGGCCCCCCGGCUCCCUGCAGAUCCACACGGGACACUCCUCCUUCAGAGCUGUUCAGCCUCAUCAGCAGCAGAUGUUUGGUGAAGAGCUGCCAGAUAAUCCCGAUGGAGAACAGCCUGGUCCUUCUAGAAGAAAGCGACAGCCCAGCAUGUCAGAGACCAUGCCGCUGUACACUCUGUGUAAGGAGGAUUUAGAGAGUAUGGACAAAGAGGUGGACGACAUCCUAGGAGAAGGCAGUGAUGACAGCGACAGCGAGAAGAAGAAGCCGGAGGAGCAGGAGGAGGAGCAGGAUGGGGCACCUCAGCCCAGGGAGCCCAAGGCCCCAGCAGCCCAGAGGGGGCACACACUCCAGUCGAAGUCACCCAGCGAGAGGAGUGCAGCGGAGGCCCGGGGGCCCAGAGUCGGCGGCUGAGUGAAGACGUCGGGUCAGAAGGGUAGGAAGGAGCAGUUUCCAUCGUUACCUGUGGACAGUGGUCACAGCCGUUUCCCUCACCAAAGACUGUUCUCCGAGUGCCAGGAAAUGUCAGUCUUGGCGCCGUGGCCAUCCCAUCCGGUCGGUGGCGCACAAGGAAAACUGCCCCAUCUUCAGGGGCUGAAUUCCUGGCGCGUGUCCAGCCCACCCACCUCGGUUGAGCACCGACCCCAUGUUUCCAUGUGGACACAGGUGUGGAAGGUGUUCCAGGUGGUGGAUUGACCUGGAAGGUUCUCGUUAAUACACUGGGGGUUUGUCAUCUCUAAAAUGGAGGAAACACAGCAUUUCCUCAGUGAGGUUCUCACUUGCUCCCCCACUGGAGCCGUGGUUACACACCAUCGUGCCUGCUCCUGCCCUGCCCUGCCGUCUUCAGUGCACCCCUGGGCAUUCAUCACAUCUGUGGACACAGUUGCACUGUGUCCAGUCUCUUCUGUCACAAGCAAUGCUGUGGGGCCUGCCCCAUGCACUUGAGCGCAUCACUCGGUGGAUUUCUGAAAGCAGAAUUGCCGGUCGAAAGGUGUUUGCGCUUUUAACCUGUAAGCUGCUGACAGUUGUCCUCUGUGGAAGGUGGUGCCAAUCAAACUCCCCUCAGAACACGUGACUGUGCUCAUUGUCCACACCUGCUCAGCGCGACAGAUAAAAAGUGGUGUCGUUGUUUUUCUGCCUUUGUCUUUCUAAGGGCUGUGCCCAUGCCCGAGGCUGAGCCCAGAGAGCCCACACUUUGGGGACAGCGACUUCACCAAAACAGUCCAGCCAGUCACUAAACAGCAACAGUAACCAGCCUGGGGGGAGGGGAGACCAGGACCCAGGGCUGCUACAACAUGGGAACUAAAAUGUCCACUUUCUAGCAAAAACAUUACAUAGAGACAGCAGAGUCUGACCCACACAGGAAGACAACCACAGGCAAGCAGGUGUCAGAGGUCACAGACCAUGGCUUCAGACAAUGAAUUACUGACAAGGCCUCAUCUAGCAGACACUGUCAGACAGGAGCGCUGCAAAUGAAAAGUGUAACACGUAAAUGGAAAUCCACCAGAGGGCCCCAGCGUUGAUUUGAACCUGCAGAAGGAUUAGCAGACUUGGAGAUGGAUCGAUGGAGAUCAUGUGAUCAAAAGGCACAGACUCAGGUGUGGGCACAUGGAAUCGACCAGGAUCCAAAAUCCACAGAAGCAAACACACUGCCCAGUGCCACCUCGGGAGCAGAGCCUGCCCGUCAGAUUCAGGUGGUCCUUCCUCUGCCCCAGACGUGGCCUCCCAGAGACAGGAGACAGACUGUUGCAGAAAAAA